AUGGAGCCCGAGAAUCCGAACGCGUUCAAGCGGAGCUCGAUGCACCAAGCGUUAUACAGUCGUCCAGUGGAACGGCGUGCAAGCAAGAAGUCUUCAUCUAGGGACCGGCAUGGUAUGGUCUAUCCCGACAGUUUCAGAGAAACUACCAUUCGAACUGUCACACCAGAAUCGCACUCCCCCGCCAACCAUUCUCCUUUAUCCGAACCAGAGCACCUCACGGGCGGCACUUUGUCUUCACCUCGAAACCCCGUGCGAUCACGGCCCAUCGAACCCGAACGUCGUCGGGAUUUCAGCAAACACUCAUCUGGAGCAGGCGAAGAAGAUCCUCCGGUGGAAGCAAGGAGUCAACGGGCGCGAUCGCGGACAACGGCGGCAGAGGAGCAACGCAACGACAUCGCUCCCAACACCUUCAAAGCUCGAACGCGGGUUGGAUCCAUUAACACAGCCAGUCCCUCUCAACCCAAAUUGCCUGAAGAUCCAUCAUCUUCCAUCGGGUUUCCGUCAAUUGAGUCCCCAAAAUACAGCAGCCAGACCGUCCCUCGCCAUCGACUGACCAAAGCUGCCGGUUUGGUCGCCGGUGGAGCACAAAAUCAAGAUUCGUUUUCCUCACCUCUCUCCGGUGCGGAAGCCACAAAAAUCCUACAGUUGAUGAAGACUACCUGUGGGAGAAUGCAUGGAAUCCUAUCCUUUCGAACGGCCUCGACCACUUCCUGGACAUCCGGAUACUGCGCUAUCAAUGUCGCUAAUGGAAGUCUCAUUUACCAAGCCAAGGGAGAGCCGGCAUUGGCCAAAACAUUGAUCCCUGAUCUACGUGGUUGUCGGGUUCGGACAUUGUGGGACUCUGAGCUUCAAUGCACCUAUCUGAGCGUUCACACAUUUACUUCUGGGCUUGGGAUACAAUUACGACCUCACGUGAACGAAACUUUCGAUUCCUGGCUUGCAGCUCUACUGUGUUGGCAACCAAUCCGGCCCAAGGGUGUUCAGAACAAGAUGACAAAGCCUCAAGAGGUUGUGAUUGGAGACCGACGAAUCCCCGAACGUCGGCGCAACUCAGAAAGCGCAGCACAAAAGGAUGCAACUAUCAUCAAAGUUGGCAAGAUGCUUCUAUGGGACAAGCCGUCUGCUUCCGGUGCUAUGCCAGUGUCCGGACGCCGUGUGUCCACAUACAGACAGUCAAGGGCUCUUUCUUCCUCGUGGAAGAAGGUGAGCUGUACACUACAAGAAAACGGCUUUUUCAAGCUCUACACAGAGUCCGACGUGGUUCUUUUAGCAUGUGUGCAGUUAUCUCAAUUAUCACGCUGCGCUAUCCAGCAGCUGAACUCCUCAGUGUUGGAUGAUGAGUUUUGCAUUGCCAUCUACCCUCAAUAUGCGGCACACCCAGUACCCGAUUCCAACGUGCGGCCUAUAUACCUCGCUCUUGAAAGCCGUGUUCUUUUCGAGGUGUGGUUUGUGCUUCUCCGCGCCUUCACAAUCCCAGAGCUUUAUGGACCUGUGUCUCAGGGAGAUGAUUCCAAUAAAACUCCGGAAACCGAGGCCGCCGAACCACCCUUGACCAAGGACAUGUUCCGGAUUGAACGAUUCUUGAACUUGAAAAUUGUGGAGGCGAAGUUGUUUCGAACCAAAGAGGAGGACACUCCUCGAAGCCGAAAGGCAUCAAGAUCACAUGGGCAGCCUGUUCCAACCUCGAAGGUCAGCGACUAUUAUACAGAGGUGCUCCUAGAUGGGGAAAUUCGUGGCAAGACUGCUGUCAAGUAUCGCACCAUGAAUCCUUUCUGGCGAGAAGAUUUCCUCUUCACUGAUCUACCGCCAGUUCUAUCCCAAGCCUCUAUCCUUGUCAAAACUCUCAACCCGACACAGAGGGACUGGACACUUAUCGCUCACGGAUCAUACGUACCCAACCAAGACGUGAGUGCUGUGAACAUGCUGGAUGAGAUCGAAAUCUCUGCAAAUGAUAUCAUCUUCGGACGUGUAGACCUGCGACUUGAAGAAUUGGAUGCCGGUGUGGAUAUCGAAAAGUGGUGGCCGAUCCUGGAUAACCAAGACCAGGCAAUUGGCGAGAUGUUCAUGAGAGCUAGGAUGGAGGAAACCGUCGUCUUGAUGUCCGACGAGUACUCGGCGAUGUCGGAACUUCUCCAUUCCUUCACCAAUGGCCUCACAAUCAACAUGGCCCAAUUGAUGUCAUCGGAGCUAAAUCACCUAGCCGAGAUGCUUCUGAACAUUUACCAGGUCUCGGGGUCAACGGUGGAAUGGAUCUCAGCCUUGGUUGAAGAUGAAAUUGAUGGGGUUCACAAAGAAUCCACCACCAACCGGCUGAGGUAUACAACGAGGAUUCAUUCGAAUAACACACCAGAGACUAGCCAAGACCGCGAGUUCCUCGUCAGGGACAUGGGAAGGACGGCCACUGUGGAGGCUAACCUCCUGUUCCGUGGAAAUUCGCUUCUAACCAAGGCCCUCGAUCUUCACAUGCGUCGCCUAGGCAAGCAGUAUUUGGAGGAGACUAUCGCAGAACGAUUACGUGAUAUUGAUGAGAGCGAUCCGGAAUGUGAAGUCGAUCCAUCUCGAGUUCCACGGCACGAGGAUCUUGAUCGCAACUGGCGAAACCUUACAGCUCUCACCACAAGCGUGUGGAAAUCCAUUGCGGGAUCCGCAUCGAGGUGUCCCCCAGAAUUGCGACGCAUCUUCCGGCAUGUCCGGGCGUGUGCAGACGAUCGCUAUGGUGACUUCCUGCGCUCUGUAACGUACAGUAGUGUUUCUGGUUUCCUGUUCCUACGCUUCUUCUGCCCGGCUAUCCUGAACCCGAAGCUUUUCGGGCUCUUGAAAGAUCACCCUCGCCCUCGUGCACAACGUACUUUGACCCUCAUUGCCAAAGCUCUACAGGGUCUAGCCAAUAUGACAACCUUCGGCAAUAAAGAACCUUGGAUGGAACCGAUGAACAAAUUCCUCGUCGGUCAUCGCUCGGAAUUCAAAGACUUUGUUGAUUCGGUUUGUGCGAUUCCAGCCGAUCGACCAGUCCCUAUCGUCACACCCUCCUACACCACCCCUAUCCAAAUCCUUGGGCGGUUGCCGCCCACAUCGCGCGAGGGAUUCCCUAGCCUUCCAUUCCUUAUCGACUAUGCCCGCUCCUUCGCGAACUUGAUUCGUGUCUGGCUUGAUGUCUCCCCGGAACGACUCAACGAAUUGACCGAGCUAGACGUCAAUCUUUCUAAGUUCCAGAAAGAAGCCCUUCGCCUGCGAGCACGCACUGAGGAGUGUCUCAAACGGGCCGAGCAAGCAGAGCGGCCAAGUGGAAACCUUGAGAUCAAAUGGGAAGCACUAGUGGAUUCGAUGGAACGGCCCGUAACCUUCUACGACGAAAGCCCAAGCAAACCUAGCACCCCAGCAAUAGACACGUCAACUGGUACUGCAGCGGCCCCAAGCAGCCAUCGCAAUUCGACUGGCUACUUUGCUACGCGUCCUGGAAUUCCCCGCCGGUCUACUGACCACGCCGCCGAUGCCGAGGACGACACGCCCCCAAGCUCGUCAUCAGCGACCUGGGACCAAAGCCGCAUUCCAUUUUCCAUUCCACGUUGGUCUGACCCACGCGACAGCACCGGAAGCUCGAAAAACUCCUCGACCUACUCGCUCGAGUAUUCCGAGUCCUCCAAGGCACGCAGGUCCAGCGUCACGAAAGAGUCCUCCUCGAGCAAGUACCGCUUCUUUGACUUUGUUCCUGCUCCCUCCCGACGCAAGGCCAAGGAACGUGACCAGACUCAAAACCACUCGCACGAGGAUCUACGCAAUGAAUCUUAA